AUGCCCUACAGACAGAUCAGCAAGGAUAUCAAGGAGCGCACUCUUUGGUUAAUAGAGCAUAACUACAUCCUAUCUGACAUCUGCAACAUUUUUGGCAUCUUUGAGCGUUCCCUUUGCCACCGGCAGGCCAAUCAAGAAGCAUUUGACUCUGUAGCACCUCCUAUAUACCCCAGUCAAGGCCGCCCAUAUAUCCUUGGUGCAAACCAAGCCAAGAGGAUAUAUGUGCUGCUUGAAGACACCCCAGAGAUGUACCUGGACAAAAUUCAAGACCGGUUACAAGAGGCUGCAAGAGUUGAUUAG